GUAACCUAAUUUUCUUUCCUUCCCCAGACUUGAAGCCACAUUAUAUGUGUGACUGAUUUCCAGCCAUUGAAUAUCAUGUCUUCACGAAAAGCUGCAGGCCGUCGUGGCGGCACCAAGAAGCGUGCACAGCGCGCUACUUCCAAUGUGUUUGCCAUGUUUGAUCAAGCCCAGAUUCAAGAGUUCAAGGAGGCUUUCAAUAUGAUUGAUCAGAACCGUGAUGGGUUUAUCGACAAGGAAGACCUCCAUGAUAUGCUUGCAUCAUUGGGUAAGAAUCCAGCUGAUGACUAUCUGGAAGGAAUGAUGAAUGAAGCACCAGGUCCUAUUAACUUCACCAUGUUCCUGACUCUGUUUGGAGAACGACUUCAGGGCACAGAUCCUGAGGAAGUAAUAAAAAAUGCAUUUGCUUGCUUUGAUGAAGAGAACACAGGAAUCAUCAAUGAGGAACGGCUCAGGGAACUCUUGACCAGCAUGGGAGAUCGUUUCACUGAUGAAGAUGUGGAUGAGAUGUAUCGUGAGGCCCCCAUCAGAAAGGGGAACUUCGACUACAUUGAAUUCACUCGCAUCCUGAAGCAUGGGGCAAAGGAUAAGGAUGAGCAAAGGAGAUCCAUGUCAGAUACUGAAAUUGGUCGCUUGGCUUAUGAGGGCCAAAUUGCAGCUGUCAAAGAGAACAUCAAAGCCACACCCUCUCUAGUCAAGCGGAAGGAUUCGGCUGGUCGUCUUCCAAUCCACUGGGCAGCCAGUGGGGGGCACACAGAAAUAGCUUCUUUCCUCCUUGAAAAUGGCUCCCCUGUUGACCCACCAGAUGAACUUCUUUGGACACCUCUUAUCAUUGCUGCAUCUGCUGGGCAUGAAGACAUUGUCAGUCUGCUGAUCAAGAAUGGGGCUGAUGUAAAUGCCAGGAGUGAGACUGGACAUAGUGCAAUUGAGUAUGCAUCUUCCAAGAACAGAAUUCAGAUCUUGAAAGAUUUGAUUGCUCAAGGUGCAAAUGUGAAUGCAAAGGACAACAUGGGCUUUACUCCUCUCCAUCGAGCUUCUUCCAAGGGUCAUUUUGAAGCCAUGAAGAUCCUCCUUACCUGCCCUCACAUUGAAGUGAAUGUCCAAGACAAGUUUGGCAACAGUCCCUUGCACAUGGUUUGCCAGGAGGGACGAGAACAGGAGGCAUAUCUCCUGCUGGAACAUGGUGCUCUGAUUGAACUGAAGAAUGGAGAGAGUCUCACUGCUCUCCAAGUCUCAACUCCUAAUUUGGAACCAAAAUUGCGUGAUUACUUGGCUCGGAUCCGCCAGCAGCGGAAGUGAAAAAUGUCCUCUUGUUUGGCAGCUGACCUAAAAUCCUUUGAUUCCCUUUUUUCUCCAAUUAAAUUCAGGCAGUGUUGCUGUGGUGUCAGCUUCAUCCUCUGGGGAGCAUCUUUCAUUUUAAGCCCAUUCCCAGCAUAAGUCAAAUUGAAUAAUUUUGUCUUGUUUGGGAUCAAUAUUGUGGUAGAUGUGGGGAAUAGAUGUUCAUCCCUAAAUGGCCAGUUUGCUGGUUAAGCACUCACUGUUAGACUAAACAUGAGCAGACUCUGAGCAUCAGAGGCACCUAGAUAUAGUCUAUUUGUUGUUUAUGUUGAGCUUUUCAUCUAGCAAUCACUGCAGGUGCCUUUUUAUGUUAUCGGCACUUUUGGUUACUGCAUGCCCAUGCUCCACUUAUGAUGACAUUCACAUCAACCAUUUCUAUGAUUUCAUGACUUUAUGUGAGGAUCCUGAAACCCUGACAGUGCAGUAAAUUGAUGAGGGAUUUUCUUGGGCAUCACAAAAUUGGUCAAGGUUCCCCAGUAGCAUUCAGAUAUGGAUCUCCUUUUUUUUAAGGUCCAAGACCUGUUUGUACAAAUUUGGGAGGGUAUUCAAUCUCUUGUUCACCAGAAUACUUUUGUCUUUUAUGUUUGUUUUUGGAAAUUUUUUAAUUAUGACCUCUGUGCUUUCUCUGUCUGACCCAGUGUGCUGAGACCAAAUUCCCAUACAUGCCAUGCAACUGCACUUAUAAACAAUGGCAGCUGAAUUCAGAGGCAUUAGUCAAGUAUGAGAUAUGCAAAUAUUCCAAGACUAGCGCAUCAUGCAGGAAUGUACUUCAUGUGCUAUGGCUAUAGUCAAGAAUGAAAUCUGUUAUGUUGCUAUGCCUUCUUAGUUUUUAUUUUGGUUCUGUUCAUACUUGGAGGUAUUUCUUCAAGGUUUCAAAGUACA